CUCCUUACCUGGCUGCGCUGUAAUUUGAGUCUGCGCUAACGCAAAGCGCAGGCUCGAAAGGAACCUGGCCGGAAUUUCGUCUAGAUUCGUUGUGCCAUUCGUAGCGAUUGCCCCCAGAUCUAUUGUCCUGUGGCCAUAUAUAUAUAUAUAUAUAUAUAUAUAUAUAUAUAUAUACAUACAAUCAUGGUGCUGUGAGGAGAGAUCGCAGAGAGAGAGAGAGAGAGAGAGAUGGAAGGAGGGAAUAGCUCAAAGAGAAGCUCAAGGAAAGGAGAGGAUCUCUUCCACGUCAUACACAAGGUUCCUGCUGGCGAUACUCCAUAUGUGAGAGCCAAGCACGCCCAGUUGGUCCAAAAGGAUCCAGAGGCUGCAAUGGUUCUAUUUUGGAAGGCAAUAAAUGAGGGGGAUAGAGUGGACAGUGCACUGAAAGACAUGGCAGUGGUGAUGAAGCAACUCGACAGAAGCGAGGAGGCCAUCGAAGCCAUCAAGUCCUUCAGAGGCCUUUGCUCCAAACAUGCCCAAGACUCCCUUGAUAAUGUCCUCAUCGACCUUUACAAGAAAUGUGGGAAAAUAGAUAAGCAGAUAGAGCUGAUAAAGCAGAAGCUGAGGUCGAUCUACAAUGGAGAGGCCUUCAAUGGAAAACCCACAAAGACUGCACGCUCCCAUGGCAGGAAGUUCCAGGUUUCCAUCAAACAGGAAAUUUCUCGCUUACUGGGCAACAUGGGUUGGGCGUACAUGCAAAAAGGGAACUACUUAGGGGCCGAGGUUGUGUAUAAGAAGGCCCAGAUGAUCGACCCAGAUGCCAACAAGGCCUGCAAUAUGGGUCUUUGCCUUAUAAAACAAGCCCGAUAUGAUGAGGCCCGUUGGGCCCUUGAAGAUGUUCUAUCUGGAAGCGUGAAGGGCUCUGAGGAUAGUAGGUCAAGAAACCGGGCGCAGGAGUUGAUGCUAGAGCUGGAGUCCAAGCAGCCUCCGCCUCCUCUGAACCUGGGCUUGGGCCUAGAUGACGAUAAUGAUUUUGUUGAUGGGCUUGAGCGGUUGAUGAGUGAAUGGGCUCCAAAAUGGGCCUCAGGAAGACCCAAGAGACUCCCCAUUUUUAAAGAGAUCUCUUCAUUUAGGGACCAGCUGGCAUGUUAAAUAUUUAGUUUGUUCCCUUUCUUUUUCUAGCUCCCAAACCCCCUUUUUUCUUUUAAUUUUGGGAGAGUGAGUGUGUGUGGUGGGUACCUUAGUGUGAAGUCAAAAUAAAGUAGCCUUGUAAAUAAAAAUAUGCCCAAAAUUAUACAUUGUAGAACUUCUAUGUUAUUGUAAGUGUUGCAAUAAUGAUUAUUUUGUUGCUGGUAAUUCGACACAAAGUUUGUUUGCUCCAAA